AUGGCCAUAAUUUCACGGCCACCUGUGCAGAUCUCGCCAUGGAUCGGGCUUCCGCUCAGUAUAUGGAUGGUUGUCGUAGGUGCGAUGACAUUUACCAGGGUCCCGUUUGGCGACGGGGUAAAUUGGCCGGUGUUGACAAGCUUCCGCGAUCCCAGAUCAAGUCUAAAUAUUCUCAACCAUCGUUCUCAGACUACACCGGAUUGGCUCUACAAAGGCGCGAAAGGUGCGGCAGCUAUCUUAUGGAGCAUUUUGAUCCCAAUGCAGCACAGCACAUCUAUUCGACGGCGUUGGCCCAAGUUCCACCGUCGCAGCGGGUACACUGUCAUUUUGCUGUCGAUUGAGCUAGCCAUAGCUGGGUACUAUAUGACAAGUCAGAAGCUGGUAACAACUCAUAAUGAUUGGUAUCACAUCCAUACUUUUUACAACGCCAAACUUCCGAUUCCGCUCCUCUGGUGGCCUACGUUUGACGUCGCCAUUGUUAUUCUCGGCCUUUUCUACUUUCUCAGCCUCUACAAACUCUACAUCUCAAUUCGGAGCAAGAAGAUCGAGGCGCAUCGAAGGUGGGCUGUCUUUCACAGCAUGACAGGAUACGCCAUCGCGAUUGAGCGACUGAUUGCAGUACUGGUACUUGGAAUUGGCUGGGUUCUACACAGUUUGCCUGAACACGUGCAGAGUGAAUGGUUACGACUGCCACGUGAUAUCAGUGGGAAACUCGAAGUAGAAGUGUCUGCUCUUGCUUGGACAUUGACUGCUGCCGGCAGCGCUGUGGCUCUCUGGACGUAUAUAGAAUGGAGAAGAGCCGCCGUCUUCGGACCACUACGUGCGGUAUCGGAAAGCUCAGCUAAAAAAGUAGACUAG